CAUAAUCCGUGUUCAGAGAGGAGUUUCAGCAGAAAACAGUUGGCAGAUUGUGAGGCGAUACAGUGACUUUGACUUGCUUAAUAAUAGCUUGCAGAUCUCAACUCUAAGUCUACCUCUUCCUCCAAAAAAAUUGAUUGGAAAUAUGGAGCGUGAAUUCAUAGCUGAAAGACAGAAGGGACUCCAGGCCUAUCUUGAUGUAAUUACUACCCAUCACAUCCUGUCUAACUGUGAAUUGGUAAAAAAAUUCUUGGACCCAAACAGCUAUUCCGUAAACUACACUGAAAUUGCCUUACAGCACGUUUCAAUGUUCUUCCGAUCAGAGCCAAAGUGGGAAGUGGUAGAACCAUUAAAAGAUAUAGGUUGGCGAAUACGUAAGAAGUAUUUCUUAAUGAAGACUAAGAAUCAACCAAAGGAAAGGCUAAUGUUAAGCUGGGCUGAUCUUGGCCCUGAUAAAUACUUGUCUGACAAAGACUUACAGUAUGCUGUGAAACUUCUUUCUUCCUGUUCUCAUCCUUAUAUUUACAAAAUCACUUUUGCCACUGCCAAUGAAUCUUCAGCGCUGGUUAUUAGACCGUUCAGUGAAAAAGGGACGCUAAAGGACCUUAUUUAUAAGGCAAAGCCAAAAGACCCAUUCCUGAAGAAGUAUUGCAAUCCUAAAAAAAUUCAAGGUCUUGAACUUCAGCAAAUAAAAACAUAUGGAAGGCAAAUAUUAGAGGUGUUAAAAUUCUUGCAUGAGAAAGGAUUUCCUUAUGGCCAUCUUCACUCUGCCAAUGUGAUGCUGGAUGGGGACACCUGCAAGUUACUGGAUCUAGAAAAUUCGUUGUUGGGACUUCCAUCAUUUUAUCGAUCAUACUUUUCACAGUUUCGGAAAAUUAAUACUUUAGAAGGUGUUGAUGUACAUUGCUUUGGGCACUUACUGUAUGAAAUGACGUAUGGAAGACCCCCAGAUACAAUUCCAGUAGACAGCUUCCCUCCUGCACCAUCGGUAUUUGUUGCGUCUGUGUUGGAAUCCAUUCUGACCUGUGAAGCUAUGAAGAAUGGCAUGCCAACUGUUUCACGGCUCUUACAGAUGCCAUUAUUCAGUGACGUCCUGCUAACAAACUCUGAGAAACCACAGUUUAAGAUUCCUACUAAGCUAAAAGAGGCAUUGAAAAUCUCCAAGGAAUGCAUAGAAAAACGAUUAACAGAAGAACAGAAAUUGAUUCACCAGCACAGAAGGCUGACAAGAGCUCAAUCUCAUCACGGCUCUGAAGAAGAAAAAAAGAAAAGGAAGAUCUUAGCACGAAAAAAGUCAAAACGCUCUGCCUAUGAAAGUGGGGAAGAACACUCAGCAAAAUACAGCAACUCAAAUAACUCAGCAGGCUCUGGGGCGAGUUCCCCAUUAACAUCUCCAUCAUCCCCCACUCCGCCCUCUACAGCAGGCAUCAAGUUUACAGCAUCUGAUUUACUUCCUAUUCCUUUUAACACACUCUCUUAACAAAAAUGUCCCUGUAAAAAAACCUUGGAGCAUCGUUGAUACCCCCAGCACCGCCACCGCCGCCCCUGCCACCAGCAGCUCCUCCUCUGAGCACAGAGGUGCCAGCGCAGCCGAGCCCGCAGCCCCACGUCAGUGCAAGCCGAGGAGCCUUGCUCAGCUCCAUCCAAAACUUUCAGAAAGGAACUCUGAAGAAAACACAGACCUGCGACUACAGCGCUCCCAGGAUCAGCUGAGGCCACUGGUCACCCCAGGAUUGAAUUCCCUCUCCCCCUCCUGUGCUGUCCAGGAACAAGACCCUCCCGACCACCGCCAGACCCACCAGCACACAGCGGCUGAUCACGCUGUAGCGCCGUUUACCCCCAUUUCAGCUUUUUUUGAGCGGCAGCACUACCCCGUCUGCAUCGCGUUGCCACGCUGUGAUAAGUACUCUGUUCUUUCCUUGGUUUCAAGAACUUUGUUCUCUAGCUUCAGUUUCAGGGGAACAGCAACUUCUAUAAAGCUGAAUAAAAACCUGCAAUAGGAAUGACCAUGAUCAUGAAUUAAUGCAUUUUUUUCUAGUUCUAUUCCACCCCUUUUUUUCAAAUUACAGGACUGUAGCUUAAGUCUGCUCAGUUUUUCAACUCUUUUCUUCAUGCAGUUGUAACUCAUCUUCAUUCUCACUGCACUGAAUCAGCAAGUUUUGUGUUAGAUGAUCCAACACCCUCCCUCCCCCAACCCUUAAAGCGUACUGCACAGGUGAGGGAACUGGAGAAUUAAAUCUUAUCCCCACCACAUUUGUUGGUGGAGUAAAAAUGCUGUUUCAUUAAACUUGUUUAAAUGGACAUCCUACCUGUAACUCUAAGGGAAAGUGUUUUUAAAACAGUUGAAAUGGGAGUUAAUAGGGCACUGGGAUAUUAUUCAUGAUUUAGUUAAAUGCAAAAUUACUUCAAGUUAAUUCUACAGCUUAAACUUUAUUGAAAGAUCCUUUUUGAUUUAAAACCUUAAAACAAAUUGCACUUUAAAGGAUUAUAGAUAAUCCAUUUUUUAAAUUCAAGUACAUCAGUGUUUGUUACUAUGCAGAGAAUGUCUGUACAAAGUUUCAUGUAACCUGUGAUAUCCAGUCAUUUUUAUUAAAAUGUUAAUGGAAUUCCUUCA